CGUCUCGAGGCGAUUACAUUAUAUACAGUCUGCGACGGACUGCGUUGACGGCUAGUUGUCGCGAUGGCGAAAAUUGUUUUAUUUGUUGUUUUAUCAGCGUUAUACCUUGUAAGGGCUCGUGCGUAUACAGUACCACCAGCUAAACUAGAAGCCAUUUAUCCCAAAGGACUCAAAGUUUCAGUCCCAGAUGAUGGAUUUUCACUAUUCGCCUUCCAUGGGAACCUGAACCAAGAAAUGGAGGGACUAGAGGCAGGUCAAUGGGCUCGUGAUAUCACUAAGCCUAAGAAUGGAACGUGGAUCUUCAGAGAUCGUAAUGCAGAACUAAAACUUGGAGACAAGAUCUACUUCUGGACAUAUGUGAUCAAAAAUGGCCUGGGCUACAGACAGGAUAACGGAGAAUGGACAGUAACUGAAUUCGUCACUGAUGAAGGAGAUCCGUCGCCAGCACCAACAUCAAGACCAGGGCCUGGUCCAACUCCUGGUCCUAGCCCAACAACUUCACGUCCGAAAUGUGACCUUUCUCAAACCGUUGUGCAAGGCCUUGCUGAUGUCUGCCAAGGAGCGCUAAUCUUCUCUGAGGAUUUCAACCAACAAAAUAUACAGGACUUAAAUAAUUGGGAUCCAGAGGUCAUGUUCCCGCAAGAACCGGACUAUCCGUUUAAUGCUUAUGUAAGUGACAAUACAUUGAGUUUGGAACGUGGAAGCCUAAAAAUUAACCCCCUACUUACCGAAUCGCAGUUCCAUGAAGGAUUUUUGAACGAACAAUGGGAUUUGACUAACACUUGCACAGGAAAAGUGAGCACAAAGGAAUGCUCUCUAACGGCAUCAGGAGCUCAAAUUCUCCCUCCAGUUUUAACCGGAAAGAUCAACACUCGAAACCACUUCAACUUCAAAUUUGGUAAAAUUGAAAUUCGCGCCAAAUUGCCCGCCGGUAGCUGGUUAAUACCAGAACUUAAUCUGGAGCCACGUGAUAAUGUGUAUGGAAAUCAACGCUAUGAAUCUGGGCUUAUUAGAGUCGCCUAUGCAAAAGGUAAUCCAGCCUUUGCCAAGAAGUUGAGCGCUGGACCAAUUUUAUCAGAUACUGAGCCUUUCAGAUCUCAUUUAUUAAGGGAAGCCCUUGGUAUUAACAACUGGAACAAAGACUUCCAUACCUUCACGUUAAUUUGGAAACCAAAUGGUAUCCAACUUCUAGUGGAUGGUAAGCAAUAUGGUGAAGUGAAUCCGGAGGAAGGUUUCUACUCUAGUGGUAGGGAUCAUGCUGUACCACAUGCCUCUAUUUGGCUUAAAGGAACCGUUAUGGCGCCUCUCGAUCAAUUGUUCUACAUAUCCCUUGGCAUGCGUGUUGGUGGCAUCCAUGACUUCCCUGAUAGUCCUGACAAACCAUGGAAGAAUCGCAAUAGCAAAGCGCUGUACAAGUUCUGGGAGAGCAAAGAUUCCUGGUUCUCAACUUGGUUCUCGCCUGAAAUGCUGGUGGACUCUGUCAAAGUUUAUGCUUUGUAAUUAAAAAAUAUAAUAGACUUUAAACAUA